CCUUCGUCUGCAGGAGGGGUGGAGUCGCGGAGAAGCAGCCAGCCAGCGAAGGCACACAGCGCAUGUCCGCAGCGGAGCCGUCACGUUGCACAGUUCGGUCCAAUGAACAGAAACUUUCCCAACAGAGAUUUGUAAGAUGGCGACCGCCGAACCGGAAACCAGCCCAAGUCCAACCCAGCUUGAUGAAGAUGGAGCUGAGGAGACUGGACAAGAGAUUGUGAACCCAGAGUCCUACAUCAAACACCCCCUCCAGAACAGCUGGUCCCUGUGGUUCUUCAAGAAUGAUAAGAGCAAAACAUGGCAGGCCAACCUGAGACUCAUCUCUAAAUUUGACACAGUUGAAGAUUUCUGGGCUCUCUACAACCAUAUCCAGCUGUCAAGUAACCUCAUGUCAGGCUGCGAUUACUCCCUUUUUAAGGACGGCAUUGAACCCAUGUGGGAGGACGAGAGGAACAAGCGUGGCGGGCGCUGGCUGAUGACACUCAACAAGCAGCAGAGGAGAUUAGACCUGGACCGCUUCUGGCUGGAAACUCUCCUGUGCUUAGUCGGAGAGGCCUUUGACGACCACAGCGAUCAGGUUUGCGGAGCCGUCGUCAACAUCCGCACAAAAGGAGAUAAAAUAGCCGUGUGGACAGCGGACUAUGAGAACCGGGAUGCUGUAACACACAUAGGGAGAGUUUACAAGGAGCGCUUGGGGAUUCCCAUGAAGAUGACUAUCGGCUAUCAAUCUCACGCAGACACAGCUACCAAAAGCGGUUCAACCACCAAGAACAAAUUUGUCGUUUAAGAAAUGCCCUAUGUGCCUCUUUUGUUUUCUUGUCUUAUUUGUUGUUGGUUCAUACGUUUACUUUGCUGCAAAGACUCUGCUGAAUGCAAUCUGGAAGAAAAAAAAAUCCAAUCCAUGACUACGUACCAAAUGUUUCCAUAACCUGCCCAGGACUUGAACCAAAUGGAGAAAAAAACAACAUGGAAAACAAGAACAUGAAUCUUCCAAAACACUAACAAUGACAGGUAUUAAUAGUUGUUGAGAUGCAGACUCUACUAAAUAAAUGUUCUUGAUUUCUUUUUCUUUUUUUUUUAAUGCCAGGGAAACCUGAAAUGCGGGGGAAAGAGUAUAUUUGUCUCCCCUACUACAGCAUUGUUGCUUUGCUGUAACCCUUAAUGCCAUUAAAGCCUUUUAAUUUAUUAAUAAUCUGCCUGCAUAUCAUUAGAUUGUUAGAUUUUUUUUUUUUUCUUGAACUGCUGCACGUAAUCAAUCUUUUAAAAGUAUUUCAUGACUCAUAUUCAUUUUUGAGUGUUAAUAUAAUUAAAACAUUGGUUUUGCAAUUA